AUGAAAGAUAUUUUGGAUAUUACAGUUCGAUUUUCAGGAGGGUUGCAGACCCUAUUUGGCAACCAAAAUACUCAUCACGUUCAAUUAUUAUUAUCCGAUCCUGUUUUAGAAGGCAGUCCUCCUAAUAUUGCUUAUUUAAUACAUUUUUUAUCUCAAAACCUUAUGAAUGAUACUCGAAAAGACUUAUUCAUCAAAGAUGAUACUGUACGUCCCGGUAUUCUUGUUCUUAUAAACAAUGAAGACUGGGAAUUAAAUAAUGAGAAGUAUUAUAUACUUCAACCUAAAGAUGAAAUUACUUUUAUCAGUACAUUACAUGGAGGUUAA